AUGUCUUCCUCAAAUUCCACUAGAGGAGGCGGCAGGUUUGGUUACCAAGGGAGUAAAGAUUGGAUAAAUAGUAGCAAAUCGCGGAGGAAGAACUUUUAUUCGUCUUCAUCGACUGCUGCAGCUGCUGCAGAAGCAGGAUCUGCGCAGAGCUCAAAUACAACCGCUACGCCGUCCACUGAAGCAUCAAGCUUGCCGAAUUUAUCGCGACGAGAUUUCAAAAGUAAUGGACCCGGAUCAUCAUCUUUAACUCAUCUGAAAGACCUACAACCUACCAGAAAUGGAUCUUCUUACUCAUCAAACUAUUAUUCAAACCUGGGGUAUGGUGGUUAUGAUAACGGUUUGUAUCGAUCAGAUGGCUGGAGAAAAGCAAGUGGAGAAUCACGACGGCUGGUGGGAAGUCAGAAACCUACAUUAUCUGGAUCAUCUUCCGGAUCACUAACAUCCACUUCAUCACCCGCCAGUGGAUAUAAGAAUGGACGUUACGACUCUUAUACAACAGAUCCAAGUACUUAUGGACCAAGUAGGUGGAAGAGUGGACGUAGUUUUGCCGCCUCAUCAACAAGAUAUUCUGCAAAAGAUAGAAUAAGAAAUGGAAAGCCUUCUUUGAGUAACCUGUAUUUACCGAAUAGCAAUAGUGUACCAUUGGGUUCAUCAUCUACAAAUAGCCCCGAUUUGUUUGCCCCAUCAUCAAAUGCCAUGGGAUACAAAUAUUACGAUUCUUCAAAAGCUUAUGGAUCAUACUAUUCAAGUUCAUAUUCUAAGGACAAAAACUCAUCACUAUCUCAACUGCGGCCACCAUUUUCAAACCCAAGACACUAUAAAUCGAGGUACGGUGGCCGAUACGGCGGCAGCACUUUGAUUAACCCCGCUGAGAAAAGGGCCAAGGAAAAGGAACUUGAAGGGGAACAAGAUAGUCAAAAUGAUUUUGAUGACAAUGAUGAUGUUGACAGCAACUCAAAUUUUAAACGAAACGAGGAUGACACUCAAAGUGAAGUUACCGAAAAUGAAGAACGAGAUAUUGAAAUCAAAGAACGUAUAGCUCGUGAGAAUAAUGUAGCAGAUGAAAGACAGGACGAAAUAUUGCAACAAGCUAUUGAAGAAAAGCUGGUGGAAACUUCUGCUGAACCAGAACUGAAAGAGGAUUCGUUGAAUGAUGUUUACUUGAAGAAAGUACGAAUUGAGACGCCCCCAGUAAUAGCCGAGGUCGAUACUAAGGUGAAGAUUGAGUAUGAUGAGACAAGUGCAACUGAUGGAUCCGAGGAUGUGUACCGGUACCCACUUCCUGAAAUACCUUACAAGUAUGAAGAAUUGAAACGAGAAUUUCAGCAAUUGGGGAGAGAUUCGUUGAAGUACCAAUUAGCCACCCCAAUUGAAACAUUUUUUGACUACCCAUUUUUUAUCACCAAUUACGAAGAUUUCCAUAAAAGGAAAAGAGCAGUUCUCACAAAUAUAUUACGCGAAAGGAACAAAAAUAUUGAAAACAAAACUUCAGACUUGUUGAAUGAAUAUAAUAAAAUGCUGAAGAAGUGGGAAGAACGAAGACUGAAGAUGGAACAACAGCUUCGAGUAUUACACCCGACCGACGACGAAAUGAGAAGAGAACUUGAUUCCAGCGAUUUGAGGAAGCAAAAUCAACAACAAGCAUCAGUUGGAAAUACAACCAAUACAUCACCACAUGUUAGCUCGCUUGACUUGCCUACAGUGUCCAGUCGACGUAGCAGUAGAAGGCAUGGUGAUUUGGUGACCACAGAGGCAGAAUUCCAAGAGAUCUUACUUACCUUGGGUCAGCAACAAGAAGAUCCUCUUUUGAAAGCCCAAAGAGUGGCUGCAGAUAUUCCUGACAUGAUUUUGGACCCAGUUGAAAAUAAGGAAAUAAAAUUUAUGGAUUGCAACAAUAUAGUCAAGGAUAGACACGCAUGGGCAAAGAGGGUUGACUCAGACUUUCACAAUACUUUUUCAGAAAAGGAACAUGAGUUAUUUACUGAGGCAUUUUGUUUGUUUCCAAAACGGUUUGGAGCUAUUUCACGGUACAUGGGUGGUUUACGAACUUCCGCAGAGUGUGUUCUUCAUUACUAUAUGACUAAAAAGAGUGUAAACUACAAGCAGUUGUUAAUCCAACGUCGCAAAGCAAGUAAGAAGAGCAAGAGAGUUAAAGGUGCAGGCCGACCAAAAUCUACACCUCAACAAUCUGCUGCUCAAGUUGAAGGCUAUGUUCCAGCUCCCAAUAGUGCAGUGUCAGAACUUAAUCAGGAAAUGGCUUCUACAGACCUUGGAACUCCUAGUGAAUUAGAAACUCCUGGAAUGACGCCAGUUACUGAAGUUCUUGGAGUGCAAGUAGAGGGAGGCCGUAAAAAACGGGCAAUUGGAUCUAAAACUGCGGAGAAGAGGAAGCCAAAGACCGAACAUGAACUUAAUGAAGACGGCCAAAAGCCAACUGAAAAGAAACGUAGAAAAACUACAAAGAAACCAGUUUUAGCUGAUGCUGCUUCAAAGCCAGAAAAAAAGAAGAGGGUCAACAAGAAACAAGCCGCCGAAGAAGCCUUUGCUACAAGUGGAGCAACAGCGGGUGUUCCUGUAUCCAAUCCAGAUAUGACCAAGGUUUCUAUUGGUGCAUUGGCUCUGAAUUACCCUGCAAACAUUGUGCAAUCUGAGAUGUAUACUGGGUCUGCCCCAAUUAACCAACAAUAUGUCUAUCAGCAGCUGCUGCAAGAACCAGGUUCACAACUCGUUCAACAGCAGUAUUUGCAGCAGAUUGACGGGCAGAAGGCUCAAUCUCAACACCAAUAUGAGCAACAGUUUCAGUACCAACAACAGAAUCAACAACAACAACAACAACAACAACAACAACAACAACAACAACAACAACAGCAGCAGCAGCAGCAGCAACAUCUAUACGCUCAAUAUCAGGCACAGUAUCAAGCAUCUUAUCAAUCACAGCUGCCAUCCUUUGCUCCUCAACGUUCAGCACCAGUAUUUCCAUCAAUUCGGAACCUUCUCUCGGAGCAAGAGCCAUCAGCAUACCAACAAGUCAGCUAUGCACCACAGCAGCAGCAACUGCAACUGCAACUGCAACAACAACAGUCGCUACCACCAUAUCAACAAUCCCUCCCACAUCCGCAAUCAUCAACAGCUCAACAACAAUCACAUCGCAAGAGUUCCAUUAUGAGUCUUUUGAACUCAGAUGAUAAACCAGCCGCUGUAUCUCAACAAAGAGUCAAGACUAAUUUACGUGAUUUAUUAAAUUGA